UCCAACAAACAAAUACCCUCUAUACUAAAACACAUAAACUGAAGAGAGUUACAGUAUCUUCACUUACUCUUUCAUACCCCUAUUACUCCCCCUAGCCCCCUACCCCCUUUCUUCCAGGCGCAUAGAUAGGGACUAGUCCUUCUCCUUUGUAAAUUUGAGGGGAUAGGCAUACCAUUCUUGAAAACCAAUAGUUAGAGAUUAUACAUAUUGAGAGAAAACAGAGUAAAAAAAGCUCUUUGGGUUUGUUAGAUGCAACAAUGGUUGCUGGCAAAGUAAAAACGGCUAUGGGUUUACAGAAAUCACCUGCAAAUCCAAAGCCAUCAAAGCAAGAUUCAGUUCCCAAGCCCCCUUCUCCAUCACCCAGCUGCACAAAACAGCAGACUACUCCCAAAAGUGCAGGAUUUUCUCGCUCUUUCGGUGUCUACUUUCCCCGUUCCUCCGCCCAAGUCCAGCCUCGUCCACCAGACGUUGCAGAGCUCCUACGCUUAGUCGAAGAGUUACGCGAAAGAGAGUCCCGUUUAAAAACCGAGCUCCUCGAGAAGAAACUGCUUAAGGAAUCAGUUGCUAUUCUUCCAGUGUUGGAGAGUGAGAUCAACCUAAAAGAUGCAGAAAUCGAACGGAAAAAACGGAUGAUUGAAUGCUUGGGAGUGGAAAAUGAAAGGCUUAGACAAGAAGUAGAGAUGUUACACAUUGAGCUAGUGAAGCAAAACGGGAGGCAUGAAGAGAGGGUAAAAGCUAUGGAAGCUGAAAUCUCUGAGCUGAAGAAAGCUAAUGAAGAGUUAUCAGCUCAUAGGCUUGUGGAUGCUGUAACAAAUAAUGGUGCUCACAACAAAUCUAACAUGACCAAGUAUUUGAGAAAAUGCGUGACUCAACCUAGCAUUAGUGUGACUUCGAAACCAGACUGUGAGAUGAAAGAGGAAAUAGUUAGUGCAAUGGAAAUGUGUGAGAGGCCUAAACAUUCUCGGAGUAAUUCUGAGGAGUUAGCUGAGAUAUCUGCUGGCAUUAUGAGUUUGAGAUCACGUAUUCCCCGUGUUCCUAAACCACCACCACGGCCAUCGUCGACGAUAUUGCCAUCAUCAUCCUCAUCGUCUUCAUUAUCUUCUUCUUCAUCUUCUCCGUCGUAUAGUUCUUUAUCAGAUUCAGCUGAACGUGCUUUAGCUGAAAUUUCUAACAUUCCACCUCCACCACCUCCGCCGCCAGCGAUGGCGCCCAAAAUGGUGGCAACAGUUCCUCCACCGCCGCCUCCGCCACCACCUUCAGCGGCGGUGGUCAAAACAGGCCCACCUCCACCUCCACCACCACCUCCUAAAGGAUUAAAGCCUGUGCCAGCAAAGGUUAGGCGUAUACCUGAAGUGGUGGAAUUUUAUCACUCUCUAAUGCGGAGGGACUGCCGAAGAGAUUCCGGUGCCGGUGUAAGUGGUGCCGCCGAUGCUCCAGCGACAGCCACGGCGAAGGAUAUGAUCGGAGAAAUUGAGAACCGGUCUGCCUAUUUACUGGCGAUUAAAACAGAUGUUGAGACACAAGGAGAUUUUAUAAGGUUUUUGAUCAAAGAAGUGGAAAAUGCUGCAUUCGCAGAUAUUGAGGAUGUUGUGCCUUUUGUAAAAUGGCUUGAUGAUGAGCUCUCUUACCUGGUUGAUGAAAGAGCUGUUCUGAAACAUUUCGAAUGGCCGGAGCAAAAGGCUGAUGCAUUGAGAGAAGCUGCAUUUGGAUAUUGUGAUCUAAAGAAACUUGAAUCUGAGGCAUCGUCCUUUCGCGAUAAUCCCAGACAACCCUGUGGCACAGCUCUUAAGAAAAUGCAGGCCUUAUUUGAGAAAUUAGAGCAUGGACUUUACAAUUUGUCAAGAAUGAGAGAAUCAGCUUCAAAGAGAUAUAAAGUCUUCCAAAUUCCAAUUGAGUGGAUGCUGGAUACUGGUUAUGUUACUCAGAUAAAGCUGGCAUCAGUAAAAUUAGCCAUGAAGUACAUGAAGAGGGUAUCCGCAGAGUUAGAAAUGGUUGGUGGUGGUGGUCCCGAAGAAGAAGAGCUUAUAAUUCAAGGCGUUAGGUUCGCCUUUCGAGUACAUCAGUUUGCGGGAGGUUUUGAUGUGGAGACAAUGAGAGCAUUCCAAGAGUUGAGAGACAAAGCAAGAUCUUGCCAUAUACAGUGUCAAAAUCAGCAACAGCAGCAACACAAAUAUGUUUGCAGAUUUACACCUUGCUAGUUAACAAUCUGUAGCAAACUCAGCUUCAGAAUGCUGUUAUUUUUGUUGUAAAGAGUGAAAUGUAUGUGAAUAUACCAAUGGCAGUAGCCAUUUUUCUGCAUAAACAUUUAUUAAUUUAUUCAUAAUUCGUGCCAAAAUGGACUCUUCA